UCCAAUGUGGUUGCUCAGUGGGAGGGGCUUGCAGGUAAUGCGCCUCUCUUCCAGCUUCUGCCAUUCUGUGGGUAUUGUUUGUUGUCAUAAAGAUGGAGUUCUUACUGGGCAAUCCGUACAGCACUCCUGUGGGCCAGUGCUUAGAGAAGGCCACGGAUGGCGGCCUGCAGGCUGAGGACUGGACCCUCAACAUGGAGAUCUGUGACAUCAUCAAUGAGACGGAGGAAGGGCCUAAAGACGCCAUCCGGGCGCUGAAGAAGAGACUGAGUGGGAACAGGAACUACCGGGAGGUGAUGCUAGGAUUGACGGUGCUGGAGACGUGUGUAAAGAACUGUGGCCACCGGUUUCACGUCCUCGUGGCUAACCGGGACUUCAUUGAUGGUGUCCUCGUCAAAAUCAUCUCCCCUAAAACCAACCCCCCCACCAUCGUACAGGACAAAGUCCUGGCUCUGAUCCAAGCCUGGGCGGAUGCCUUCAGGAGUAGUCCUGACCUGACAGGGGUGGUCCAUAUUUAUGAGGAGCUGAAGAGGAAAGGCAUCGAGUUCCCCAUGGCUGACCUGGAUGCUCUGUCACCCAUCCACACACCACAGAGGGGUCUACCAGAGGUGGACCCAGCUGUACUAAAGUACAAAGCCCCCAUCCAGCCCCACGCUGCAGCCACAGCCACCCUCCCCAAGCCUGCAGCCGCCCCGGCUCCGGCCCCUGUCCCCCACACCCCCGUCCUACAGAUACCACACAUCCCCAACGUACAGGGCCCCAUCACCGCCAACCCUGAACAGAUCGCCCGGCUGCGCAGUGAACUGGACAUUGUGAGGGGAAACACCAAAGUGAUGUCAGAGAUGCUGACUGAGAUGGUGCCUGGACAGGAGGACUCCUCGGACCUGGAACUCCUUCAGGAGCUGAACAGGACGUGCAGGGCCAUGCAGCAGCGGGUGGUGGAGCUGAUCUCCCGGGUCUCCAACGAGGAGGUGACAGAGGAGCUGCUGCACGUCAACGACGACCUCAACAACAUCUUCCUACGAUACGAGAGGUAUGAGAGGUACCGGUUGGGUAGAGCAGCACAGAAUAACGGGAUGCUAAGUGAAGCCACAGAGGACAACCUGAUAGACCUAACGCCAGGCUCGCCCGCUGUGGUCAGCCUCCGGACCACCUCCACACCCCCGUCCAGCAUCCCCCCUGUGACCGCCCCUAGGGCUGGGGCUACAGCCUCCCCUGCCCGGGCCCUGAUCCAAGACCCUACCUCCGGUCCCUCAACUCUGUCCACUCAGCUCGCCGGCCUGGCCUCUCUGCCUCUCUCUCUCUGCCCUCCCUCCUCCCCUUCCCUCUGUCUCUCAGAUGUGGGUGGGGACAGUGUCAGUGGUACCCUGUCCUCUCUGUCGGGCCACAACCCUGGAGACGACUUUGACAUGUUUGCUCAGACCAGGACCAGCUCUCUGGCAGAUCAACGCAAAAAUGUGAAGUACGAGGACCCUCGAGCCCUGGGCGGGCUUGCCUCAGCUCUGGACGUCAGGCAACAGAACGCCACUGGAGGGCUGAGGGUCAUAGGGGAUGAUAACCCAGAGUUGGAGCUGCCCAUAGACAGCUGGCUUAUUACCCAAGGAAUGAUCCCCGUAUCGCAGUCCUCUGUCAUGGAUGACAUAGAGGAGUGGCUCUGUGCUGAUGUGAAAGGCGAUGGUUUAGAUGGUGAGGAAGGGGUGACGAGUGAAGAGUUUGAUAAGUUUCUGGAGGAUCGAGCGAAGGUGGUCGAUUCCUUACCAUCGCUCCCUGGUGAUGAGCAUGGUCCCCCUCUCAGCGCCCCCAGCGGCACCCGCAAGAAGGCUGAACGGACGGAGGAUGCCCUCUUUGCCUUGUAGACUCUCCCCCAGGAAACCUCUCUCUCUGAGGCAUCUACAGUACCUAGGUAUCCCCUCCCUGGCCCACUUGCCCUAUCCGCCACUCCUGCCAAGCAGCAGUGUAGCUACUGAACUGAACACCAAUCCUCCUCCUGCAGAGGACCAUGCUUGCUGUCCGCCUGCCCAGCCGCGUUGCAUCAUGUAUUACUAUUGAGGUUUUGAUCCGUCUGUCAGUGUGGGAUAUGUCUGUGGUCUUGUAUCUCAUCUGCAGCUAGCUACCCUAAGGAGGAUAUAACCUAACAUUGUGAGGAUGAGGAUAAAAUGACAAAACCUCGUCUCUAUGUUCCUCUGAAGGUGUGAAGGUUAACAGAAAAAAUCCUUCUGAAAAAGCAGACCGAGGCAUAUAGUCUAUACAAACAGAGGAGUACUGUGUUAUUUUAAUAAAUGUAGCUUAUGAAUAAUUUCUGCGUUUAUUCUUUUAACGGUUUGUACUGUACUAUGUACUAGCGCUGCACUAUGUAGUUGCCUCUUUUUCCUUUUUGUUUUACUCAUGUUCCUUUUUAGGUUUCCUUAAGCCUUUCAUUACCCAUUCUACAGUUGUGAAAUGUUGGUACAGGGAAAGGCAAUGCAUGAGGAAAGACUACUGUUUGACAGACUCCAUGCUAGUGUUACUCAAUUAUGGCACAAUAGUUCUGCAGGGCCAAAUGGCAAACAUGACUUACCUGUGUCUGUUUCCACAUUUCAAAAGGGAGAAGGAAAAAAUAUAUAUAGCUGCAAGCAGCCAUGUCAAGGUUCAAGCCCUAUGGCACCACAGCAAAUAUCUGUUACACAGCUUUUAUAUUUGCUUUCCUCUUUGAAAAGCUGUUGUCAACUUCCCACCAUGUUAUCUUGUGGGGUGUGUACAUACUGUAGGGGAAGGAAAGGGUCCAAAAUAGUAUUUUCAAUCAGAACCUAAGUAACACCCACCAAAUAUUUGUGAUCGAUAUUAUACAGGGGGUACCGGUACCAUAGAUUGACUCGUUACCGUUACCCCCUGUUUAUAGCCUCGUUAUUGUUAUUUUAUUGUUGCUCUAUUAUUUUUUACUUUAGUCAAUUUAGUAAAUAUUUUUCUUAACUCUUAUUUUUCAUAAAACUGCAUUGUUGGUUAAGGGCUUGUAAGAAAGCAUUUCACAGUAAGGUCUACACCUGUUGUAUUCGGCGCAUGUGACAAAUGGAAUGUGAUUAAUACUACCGCUACAAUGGUAAAACAGCCGUAUGAGUUGCAGCAGUGACGUUCCUCUCUGGUAGUACAUGUACACUAUGUAAGUGUGGCGAUUUUGAGUUUGUUCUUCCUAAGAGGUUUUAAUGACAAACACAUUUAGUAAUUGUUUAUCAGAGGCGGUUGGUGGCACCUUAAUUGGGAAGGGCGGGAACGUGGUAAUGGCUGGAGCGGAAUAAGUGGAAAGGUAUCAACAACAUCAAACACAUGGUUUCCAUGUGUUUAAUGCCAUUCCAUUCACUUCUUUCCAGCUGUUAUUAUAAGCCGUCCUCCCCUCAGCAGCCUCCACUGGUGUCUUCUAAUAUUGGGCUAUUCUUCAAUGUUUUCCUUCCCCUUCUACUAUGAUGAGACCAAUUGAAUGAGCUUUAUGCACUUUUGGACCCUUGAACGUUUCAGUAUGUUUAUCCUUGUGUUAAUAAGAUGGGAACUGUUUUUAUAGGACACAAGACAUUUUCUUAGACUAAUUGCAUAUGAUUUUAUAUCUUUAUGAAAUUUCAGCCCUUUUCUGCUCUACAAAGCACACUUUACAGACAGUCGUAAAUAGAAAAACUGACACUUUUUCCUGAUAUGGAAAUUAAAGGAAAAGUGCAGGUGAAAUAUGGCACUGAAAAUCAAAUUGUAAUUUUAUGAUGGCGUAUUGGUAGCAUACUUCACAGAAAAUAGUUAUUGCAUGUAGUUAUUGUAAAAAAAAAAAUGUACGUAUGUUUACAUAAAUAUAUGUAUAUACAUCAGAAAUAUGUGAGUAUUACCUGCAGUACAUGUUUAAAAGUCAACCUGAAUUAUUAGCUUUUGUGUAGGUCGCUAAGUCGAAAGGCUAACUCAUUAAUGUAUUGUUUGGUCUCCUGGUUGUAUAUGUACAGUAAUGUCAUGCAGGAAAAUGAAUUCCUCCCAAAUCCUUUCUACUUUGGGGAAGCUCCCCUGCUCUCCUCUCUUUACUCAUUCAUGUGUGGAACAGAAAUAGGUUCGGAUGUGCUUCGGAAGGAUGACCAAAAACGUUAUUUUUACCGUGUUUUAUGUAUUUUUACUGUGGUCUGAAUUGUUUGGUAAAGCUUCCUGUCUUUUAUUUUUGAGGAUUACAGUGGGUGGUAGCUGUGGGCUGUGACUCUGCUAGUGGGACUGCCCCUUUUAACCUGUUAACAUUCUAUUUUACUUUGGUUACCUACAGUAGGUCAUGGAGUUAGAUGAGGGCAUAACGUUCUCUUCCUGUUGUCAGGAAAACAUGGGCUAUAGACCUUUGAGGCAAAAGAGGUUCGUUCUUCAUUUCAACUCUUUUGCCAGUACUUUUCAAAGUUAAUGCUUAUAAAGCUUCUGCAAUUAACACCAAAUUAAUAAUGACAAAAUGCCAUGACGUUUCACUUCAAUAGGAACUAUGUGUUUACUUGCAAGUAUCCUUAUGUACUUAGCAAAAUUCCGUGUAUUAUACUGUAAAUUAGAUACUCAUUUAAAUAAAAUGUAAUAUUUGUCAGAAAAGACCUUACUGUAUUUUAUUUAAAAACAUCUGCUUCCAGAUAAAACAUUAUUUGUAACAAUCAUUUAUAAAUGUUAGAGGGUGAUAUUACAAACAAGUACAUUAUUUGUAUGAUUUGUCUUGGGCAUUAAUGUUUGAAUGUGUUUUAGAAUAGUGUAACAGAAUAAACUGUUAUUAAUGAGCUUUAACUCUGUUUCAUUCUUGUCCUAUUUGGUCUUCUAUUGCUUUAAUUCCACCUCUUAUGAAAUAGUAGCAUACAUUUUACAGUCAACAACUGCUAUUCCUCUUAUGUCUUAAGACUGGACAAAGCAUAGAGAUGUUUGAACUAAGAUUAUUUGUUACUGAAAAAAUGUAACAUCUCACUUGAUCAUUUAAACAGUUGAUUUCUAUGUGUGUGUCACUUAUUUUUUACGUUUUAACCAGAAAGAGUUAUAUGUAUAUGCUUACUCUUUUACGGCUGUCCUCUGAUCAGAUGGUUGUGUGAACCUGUUGGGUUGCUAUGGAACAUGUGGACCUGUUGGGUUGCUAUGGAACAUGUGGACCUGUUGGGUUGCUAUGGAACAUGUGGACCUGUUGGGUUGCUAUGGAACAUGUGGACCUGUUGGGUUGCUAUGGAACAGGUGGACCUGUUGGGUUGCUAUGGAACAGGUGAACCUGUUGGGUUGCUAUGGAACAGGUGAACCUGUUGGGUUGCUAUGGAACAGGUGAACCUUUUGGGUUGCUGUGGACCUGUUGGGUUGCUAUGGAACAUGUGGACCUGUUGGGUUUGCAACAGGAAUGAGCUACUGGACAUUGUAACCCAAUGUAUAUCUUCACUACCUGCAAAACUGGUUGAAAAUAUGUAAUUUCAACAGCAAAACUAGUUGAAAUGUUUUUUCAACCAGUUUUGCUCACUGAGUAUGGACAUGGGGGAGCUGGAAAUUGUGUCCUCCGGUGUUCUGUUGAGGAACAGCUGUUUUUCCUGACUAGGAAAUGUUCCGGUCUAGACUAAAUGGUCAGGAGAACUCUUGUCCCUCCUGUAUGAUGAUGUGGGUGUUCUAUGGCUGUGCUGUUCUGCAAUUCAUUACUUUGGUUUCAGCUUUCUAUUGUGUGACCUGAUUAUGCACGUAUUAACCAAUAAAACACUAGCAACGUGUGACCUGUACCAACA